AUGGCAGAAAUCUACUAUGAUGAACAAGAAGAAAUGCAAGAUGAAGAUUUAAAGGCAUAUGAAACAGAAAAUGAAAACAUGCAAGAAGAAGAAGAAGAAGAAGAAGAAGAAAAUGGGCAGCAAGGCACACAAGAUGUUCACAUUGCACAUGAAAAGGAUGAAGACCAUGACAUGCAAGCAUUCAAUGAAGCAGACAGAAAAAGUUAUGCAGCUGCCUUGAAGAUUUCUCAUGUCACUCUUCAUAAUUUGAAGAAAAAGGGAAGGCUGAGAAUACACACAAGUAGUAACAAGCCAGCAUUGACAUCAGACCACAAGGUAGCUAGAAUGAAAUGGGUUCUGUCACAUAUAAACUCAGUCACCGUAAAUGAGGACCCCACUUUUGUUGACAUGAACCAUGUCAUACACAUUGAUGAGAAAUGGUUCUAUCUUAAUCCUGAUAAGAGGAGAUUUUAUCUCCUCCCUAAAGAGGAAGAUCUCUACAGGGAACAACAGUCAAGAAGAUUCAAGCUAAAGGAAAUGUUCAUGGAAAUCAUUGGGAAGCCAUUGUAUGACACAAAAGGGGAACUACUCCAUGAUGGGAAGUAUGGCAUAUUCCCAUUCACAAUCAAAGAGAGAGCUAAGAAAUCAAGAAAAAAUAGAGCAGCGGGCACAUUAGUUACAAAGGCACUCCAAAAUGUCAACAGAGAGGUUAUUAGGGAGAUGUUACUCACUAAGGUCAUACCAGCAAUUGUGUCUAAAUGGCCUGAAAGUCUGCCCAAAAAUGUUGUUAUUCAAUGGGACAAUGCAAGGCCUCACCAAGUUCCCAGAGAUGAGGAGUUCAUUGCAGCAACAACAGCAAAUGGGUUCAACAUUCAAAUUGUAUUCCAACCAACACAGUCACUUGAUUUGAAUGUGUUGGAUCUAGGCUUAUUUAGGUCAAUUCAGUCUUUGCAAUAUCAAUCUUUUCCUAGCAACCUAGAUGAGAUAGUUGAGAAAGCACAAGGUGGGAACAAGUACAAAAUACCCCACAUGAACAAAAAGAAACUUGAAAAUUUUGGCAUUAUGCUAGAUCAAGUUGAGUUGAAGAAGGAAGUUGUGAUGGAGGCUGUGGAGUACCUAAACACCAUGUUUAGGCCAACAACUCAAGGCAAUCAAGAUGCAGAAGAAGAUAUGGAGGUAGAUGCAGACUAG